AAACUUUUAUAGGGAGGGAGAAGUUUUCAAGAGUGGAAAAUGCUAUAGUUUUCAUCGACACCGAGAACCCUCACCACUCUCAAAGCUGCGUUUUUAUUAGAUGUUUUUUCGAAAUCUAAAGCGCUGUAGUAGCGGCAAGCAGUGGGCGCAGCGACAGGCGCUCGAUCCGUUUGUCAUAGAUGCAAGACGAAAAGGUUAUAUUUCCCGAAGCGCCUUUAAAUUACUUUACCUCGAUGAUCGUUAUGGGCUGUUUCACAGAAGAAAAACGCGUGCCGUGAUUGACCUCGGCUGCAGCCCUGGUGGGUGGUGCCAAGUUAUUCGUGAGCGCACGGGCGAUGCUUGCAUGAUUUUUGGUGUGGAUAUUCUUAAUGUCAAAGUGAACGUGCUAAAUGCGGUGUUUGUGCAGGGUGAUUUCAAAUCCAUUGAUGUGCAAAAGACUCUUCUGGAACACCUGAAUGGUCAUAAGCUGUUGCCAGAAAACAUGAGUUCAUCCCUCUCCGCUACGACCACUGAGGACUCACGAGGUCAUGGAAAAGAUAUCUGUAAAAGCCGUGGCAAGGUUGAUGUGAUCGUAUCUGAUAUGUGUCCGAAUAGAGAAGGCGGCGCACAGGAUCGACAUCGGAUCAGCGCUCUAGAUCUGCUUGCCCUCAAGUUCAGUCUCCCUCUCCUUAAAGAGGGUGGUCAUUUUGUCUGCAAGGUACUCGGUAGCCCCGCCUCCUAUAAGGAUCUUCACGUAGCGAUGCAGCGUGUGUUCCAGCAGGUCCAUAUUAACAAACCGUCUGCGAGUCGUAUGCACAGCGAUGAAUCAUUUCUGGUAGGUCACUCCAUGCUCAAGGAGACAAGCCCUAUGCAGUUUUGUGAGAACGGUAUAAUACGUCCAAAUGAAGGACGUUUCAACUUGGAUAAUUGGCCUGGAUUUAUGCGCACUCAGGAAUACAGAAAUCGCAAGAAAAAAUGGUAAAAAUCACCUUUAUGAUUGAUAUUCUUCUUUAUAUGGGUUACAUACAAAUUUACUAAUA